UACGCUUCCACUGCUAUGCAGUGCGCACGUUAUACAACACGAUAUAUGUACGGUAUAUAUGAAUGCAUAUUCCGCGGUGCAGCAGUUGUGACUGAAAUAUCAUUAAAUUUUCAUGGAUUUAUUUAUCUAUGGCGGGACUGAUUUAUUUCCUGUCUUGUCAUGACGCGUCCAUCAAUGGGAAUUGUUUAAUAAAACAUUUGAAGUUAUCUAGUGCGCACUUCACCGAUACGAAACCCACAUUUAUAUUAGUGACCUUUAUUACGGAUUCACUCGCGUGAAAGUGAUGCGCUUCCCGAUGGGAACACGUUUUAUUUGUGCUAAUGGUGUUCGUAAAUAAAAUAUUAUUUAAAGGAGGAAACCGGUGUCGCCAUAAGUGGAUACUAAUGUCGCUCAAGCAGUGCUCUGCAAUCUUAUGUUUUUGCUAUGAUGCAAAACAGCUGGAUUAGAUUUGGUGCAACCCUAACUGUACUGUGCAUGCUAAUUAAAGAAUCUUUUGGUAUUCCGCCAAUGAUUUCCGGUUUUGUCCGUGCCAAAGAGAACCAAACUGAUGAGCAGCGAUUGCUCUAUACCCUACUGCGAGGAUAUGAGAAAAGUGUCCGGCCAGUUAGAAAUGCCUCUACACCGAUUAAUGUCCGACUGGGAAUAACAUUAACUCAUCUUUUCGAUUUGGAUGAGAAAAAUCAGGUUUUAACAACAAUGGUUUGGCUUGAUCAAGAAUGGAUUGACGAAUUGCUGAUCUGGAAUCCUGCCGAAUACAACGGGUUAGCCGUUUUGAGGAUACCGUGUGAACUUUUGUGGCUUCCAGACAUCGUGCUGUAUAACAACGCUGACGAUUAUACGAGCGGAUACAUGAAAAGCAAAGCGAUGGUGCAAAGCGACGGGAAUGUGUUUUGGCCGCCGCCCACCAAGCUGAGAAGCACUUGUCGUGUGAACAUAACCUUCUUCCCUUUUGAUACUCAACAAUGCAUUAUGAAAUUUGGCUCCUGGACAUAUAAUGGAUUUCAAGUAACCGUGACUAACCGCACUGCCGAAGUGGAUUUGAAGAAUUACGUCAAGAAUGGCGAAUGGGAACUAUUACGUAUUGAAGUGCAGCGCAAUGAAGUCUUUUACAGCUGCUGUGUGGAGCCGUUUUUCGAUGUUACCUUUUACAUCACCAUCAGGCGGAAAGUGCUUUAUUACACGUACAAUGUGAUUUUUCCAUGCAUGAUGAUGUCGGCAUUAACGCUUUUGGUAUUCCUUCUCCCACCUGAUAGCGGAGAAAAAAUUGCCCUUGGUGUGACCGUACUCUUGGCGUUCUCUGUAUUCAUGCUUGCCAUUGCGGAAAAAUUGCCGGAAACGUCGGACUUUAUUCCUUUGAUAGGAAUUUAUCUAACGGUCGUGAUGACAAUGACAUCCAUAUCCGUGAUUAUGACCGUGAUUAUCCUCAAUUUUCAUUUCCGCUCGCCGGAAAAAUACACCGUGCCGCCGUGGGUGUGCGAUGUGGUGCUGAAUAAACUCGCCUACAUCCUGUGCAUUGAAACGGAUUACAACAAGCGCUUGAGAAGCAAAGCCGCAUCCCGCUGCAUUACCCGUAGCCCAUCACAGCGGUCUAGACAAACACAAAUCCCGGAUGCCGAUGCCGACUACGCUGUAAUCCCCAACAGCAACUCCAUUCCGCUCAAGCCGCGCACUUCCCAUGGUCAAGUGUCCGCGGCCGCGUAUAAAGCCACCACCAGCGACCAUACCAGCAGUCACUCACCGAUUAUCUCACCAUACCUGCGCCAGUCCAGUAAACUCCGCCGGCAACUGUACGCGGCGACCAGUAUAAAUGCGGGUUCCCAUUCCCCCUAUGCCGCGGAUGUUGAGAAUCAUGUUGCCGCCGGCAAUCGCCGGCUCCACCGCAUGACCUUGGAUCCCCAUCCGGCACCGCGGCGCUCAGCGCGCAGUGUCAGUAAGGACCGUCUGCAGGAGGAGGUUAUACGGGCGUUGACGCUGCUGGUGGCGCGGCAGGAAGAAGACGAGACGCUACUGAGUAUACGCAAACAAUGGCGACAAGUUGCUCAAGUCUUGGACCGCCUACUUUUCUGGAUAUUUACCACGGGCACCGUGGUAUCGACGUUUGUUCUGCUUGUUAUAGUGCCGAAAACCGGUGAUCUGGGAAUCUAUGAUCCGGUUGAAGAUCGGAUUUAAAUUGUAGUUGAAAUGUUUAUUAUCUAUGUAUUUAUGUAAAAGCAAUGCUUUCGCAUGAUAUUUAAUUAGACACUUUUUUGUGGUUGUUAUCUAACGUAAGUAAAGAACAAACAAACACUUUUUUGAAAAUGUGUAUGUACAAUUUUGUAGAUCAAUCAAAUGCAGACAGUCAUGCGCGCGAUUCAGCAAACGGAGUAACGUACUGGCCAAUUUUGUAAUAAAG